AUGAGAGGAACAAAAGCUAUUUUCCUCGUUUUAUUGUUUGGUCACCUCUCCGCUUUACCAGACACGAUACGAAUAGGGGGUCUCUUUCACCCCGAGGAUGAUAAACAAGAAGUUGCGUUUCGCUACGCCGUAGAGAGAGUUAACGCAGAUCGCGCUAUACUGCCUCGAGCCAAGUUACUUGCGCAAGUUGAAACAAUAUCGCCACAAGACAGCUUCCAUGCGUCCAAAAGAGUAUGUCACCUCCUUCGAAGUGGUGUCGCAGCUAUCUUUGGACCGCAGUCGGCCCCUGCAGCCGCUCAUGUACAAUCUAUUUGUGAUACAAUGGAACUGCCGCAUUUGGAGACCAGGUGGGAUUAUCGUACGCGGCGCGAAUCUUGUCUCGUCAACCUGUACCCUCAUCCUGCUGCACUUAGUCGGGCGUAUGUAGACCUCGUGCGGGCGUGGGGGUGGAAAUCGUUCACAAUUGUGUACGAGAAUAGCGAUGGAUUAGUGCGUUUACAGGAAUUAUUGAAAGCCCACGGGCCCUCCGAGCUGCCCGUUGCUGUCAGACAGCUGCCCGAUUCACACGAUUACAGGCCACUUUUAAAACAAAUAAAGAACUCGGCGGAGUCUCAUAUAGUUCUCGACUGUGCUACGGAAAGGAUUAGGGAUGUCUUGCAGCAAGCACAACAGAUUGGGAUGAUGUCGGAUUACCACAGCUACCUCGUCACGUCUUUGGAUCUUCAUAGCGUCGAUUUGGAAGAAUUUAAGUAUGGUGGAACAAAUAUAACAGCCUUAAGGCUUCUCGAUCCAGAGAGAGCUGAAGUACAGAGAGUCGUCCGUGACUGGGUGUACGAUGAAGCAAGAAAGGGACGCAAGCUCCAAAUGGGACACACAUCAGCAAAGGAAAAUAUGACCUUUAUAAAGACUGAAACCGCUCUGAUGUACGAUGCGGUACAUUUAUUUUCGAAAGCGUUACACGACCUUGACACUUCGCAACAAAUCGAUGUAAGACCGUUGUCAUGCGAAGCCGAAGACACAUGGCCUCACGGGUACAGUCUCAUCAACUACAUGAAAAUUGUUGAAAUGAAAGGCUUAACGGGAGUUAUAAAGUUCGACCACCAAGGCUUCAGGAGUGACUUUACCCUCGAUAUCAUUGAACUUACAAGAGAAGGUCUUCAAAAAGCGGGAACUUGGAACUCUUCGGAGGGCGUGAAUUAUACGAGAUCGUAUGGAGAUAAUCAAAAGCAAAUAGUUGAAAUACUUCAAAACAAAACUCUCAUCGUCACUACGAUUUUGAGCGCGCCAUAUUGCAUGCGUAAGGAGGCGAGCGAGAAAUUAACAGGAAACGCACAAUUCGAAGGGUACGCCAUAGAUCUCAUUCAUGAAAUAUCCAAAAUUCUCGGCUUCAAUUAUACGUUCAAACUCGCGCCCGACGGUCGAUACGGGUCCUAUAACCGGGAGACGAAAGAGUGGGACGGCAUGAUACGGGAGCUGCUCGAGCAAAGAGCAGAUGUGGCCAUUGCGGACCUUACUAUCACUUAUGACAGGGAACAAGUGGUGGACUUUACAAUGCCUUUUAUGAAUCUCGGGAUUUCUGUACUUUACCGGAAACCUAUUAAGCAGCCUCCGAACCUAUUCUCGUUUUUAUCGCCUCUAUCUCUAGACGUAUGGAUUUAUAUGGCCACAGCUUACCUGGGCGUCUCCGUACUACUAUUUAUAUUGGCCAGGUUCAGCCCGUACGAGUGGGACAACCCCCGGAACUGUCUAGACGAGCCGCCGGUGAUGGAGAAUCAAUUCACACUGUUGAACUCGCUGUGGUUCACUAUCGGAUCCUUGAUGCAGCAAGGUUCGGAUAUCGCACCGAAAGCGGUGUCUACUCGGAUGGUGGCAGGAAUGUGGUGGUUUUUCACGUUGAUCAUGAUAUCCUCAUACACUGCUAACUUAGCAGCUUUUCUGACCGUGGAGCGAAUGGACUCGCCUAUUGAAAGCGCUGAAGAUCUCGCUAAGCAAACUAAAAUUAAAUAUGGCGCUUUAAAGGGUGGUUCGACAGCCGCUUUCUUUAGGGAUUCUAAUUUCUCAACGUAUCAACGAAUGUGGUCGUUCAUGGAAUCAGCUCGACCUACUGUAUUUACAAGUAGCAACAAGGAAGGGGAGGAAAGGGUAAUGAGAGGUAAAGGCGCCUACGCUUACCUCAUGGAGUCGACGACCAUCGAGUACGUUGUCGAGAGGAACUGCGAACUCACACAAGUGGGUGGAAUGUUGGAUUCUAAAGGAUAUGGAAUCGCCAUGCCGCCUAACUCACCAUACCGUACGGCUAUAAGCGGAGCUGUUUUGAAACUGCAAGAGGAAGGAAAAUUACAUAUAUUAAAGACAAAAUGGUGGAAGGAAAAACGUGGCGGCGGAUCCUGUCGGGAUGAAACAUCAAAAUCCUCAUCUACCGCAAAUGAGCUUGGCUUGGCGAACGUGGGUGGCGUCUUUGUGGUACUAAUGGGUGGUAUGGGAGUAGCCUGCGUCAUUGCCGUCUGCGAAUUUGUAUGGAAGUCGAGGAAAGUGGCUGUUGACGAACGGAAGGAAGAGGCCUCCCUUUGUUCGGAAAUGGCAUCCGAGUUGCGUUCAGCGUUGAAGUGUCCGAGUGGAGGGAGCGCAGGAGCAGGUGGGGCUCGAGAGGGGGCAGACUCCCCGUACUUGCACUAUGGGUUUAGUACAAAAAGUCAGCUGCACUAGCGCCCAGACGCCGCCUCCUCGCCUCCGAGCGACGUGUAGGCAAAGA